CACACCUAUAUACAGUAGCCAUGACAACGGGAUGGAUGGCUUCACAGCACAAGAAGUGGCUGAUGUUAGAGUUGUGUAUGAAGUGUUUGCUGUGCCAGACAGAGGAUGGAUAUCACUGGAUGAUCUCAGGAAAGCUUUGAGGCUGUUGGGAUUCAAGAUAUCCAGAGAAAGGGUCCAGCAAGUAGCAGCUGAAGUGCAGAACAAGGUUCUGAUGAGAGGACAGACUGACUUCACUGCACUCUUACAGAUAGUCAGUAAACUACAAGGAUCUAGUUAUGACAAACAUGGGGAGAUUGCGCAGGCCUUCUCCCUCCUGGAUGCUGAUGGAGAUGGUUGCCUGAGUGCCCAGGACCUAGUGUCGGCUGGUGUCAGUGGACCUGAUGCUGAGGGAAUGAUAGCAGAGGCUAACAAGACUGGUACAGGAUUAGUAACACUCGAAGAGUUUGUCAGCGUCAUGAUGAGAACUAACCUCUUCAAGAGAAACUAACAAUGACUCUAUUGUCUAUUCUCUAGUUUCUGUGCUAAUUAUCAUGUCCCUCUCAGUCUCAGUCUCAGUAUACAAUUCUUUCAUGAUGUGACAACAAUUGUUAUCAAUAUUGAA